GCAUUCUAAACCCAAGAGCAGCCCCGCAGCAGCUGGCCUCAGUGAUGUCAUCGAUGAUCAUCACAUACAGUAUAUAAUCUACAUUAACCCUCUAUCUACACCCCUUUGUUAGAAAUUGUCGCUUCCAUCAACAUAAUAACCAAAUGGCUCCGAAAGUCCUCAUCGUCCUGACCUCUCAGGAUAAGAUCCCUUCUAACGGUCAUCCUACGGGCUGGUACCUGCCCGAAUUGGCUCACCCAUGGGAAGUCCUCCACGACAAGACCGAGCUGGUCAUCGCUUCUCCCAAGGGAGGUGAGGCACCGCUUGAUCCCGCCUCCGUCAAAAUGUUCGAGAACGACCCCGUUGCAUCGAAGUUCCUAAACGAGCAAAAGUCCCUCUGGACAAACACAGUCAAGCUGUCUGAUGUGCUACCUAAGGUGUCUGAAUUUGAUGCGAUUUUCUACGUUGGCGGACAUGGCCCAAUGUUCGACCUCGUCAACGACGAGACCUCCAUCGCUCUAAUCGAAGCCUUCUCCGCCGCCAAGAAGCCCAUCGCGGCCGUCUGCCACGGUCCGACCGUCCUGCUGAAGGCCAAGGCGCCGUCCGGUGUGCCGCUACUCUCGGCCUGCACGGUGACUGGCUUCUCCAAUACCGAGGAAGACCAGGCGCAGAUGUCGUCCGCGAUGCCGUUUAUGCUGGAGGAUGAGCUGCAGAAGGUGACGGGGAACCGGUAUGUCAAGGCCGACGAGCCGUGGGGGGAGAAGGUGAUUGUGUCCAAGGCUGCUGGCACGGGCGCUACGGUGAUUACUGGUCAGAACCCGGCUAGCGCGACGGGAGUUGGCAAGGAGAUUCUCCGGGCGUUGGGUGUGGCUUGA